CCCGCGGUGGUGUGGCCCGGCCCGGCGGCGGAGGGAGCGGUGGAGACGGGCGGGGAGGUGCCGGCAGCCGCGGGUCUCGCUGACCGGUUGACGCGCCGGCCCCUGCGGAGCGCCCGACGAGCCGAGCCGGGGACGGAACGUGAGCGACCGAGGGAAGCGGGAGCGGCUCCCCGAGCCCGGGCAGCACCAUGAGUGAACAGAGUAUCUGCCAAGCACGGGCUGCUGUAAUGGUCUAUGAUGAUGCCAAUAAGAAAUGGGUACCAGCUGGUGGAUCAACUGGAUUCAGCAGAGUUCAUAUAUAUCAUCACACAGGCAACAACACAUUCAGAGUUGUGGGCAGGAAGAUUCAGGAUCAUCAGGUGGUAAUAAAUUGUGCCAUUCCGAAAGGGCUGAAGUACAAUCAGGCUACACAGACCUUCCACCAGUGGCGUGACGCUAGGCAGGUGUAUGGUCUGAAUUUUGGCAGCAAAGAAGAUGCCAAUGUCUUCGCAAGUGCCAUGAUGCAUGCCUUAGAAGUAUUAAAUUCACAGGAAGCUGGUCCUACAUUGCCUCGACAGAAUUCACAGCUUCCUUCUCAAGUACAAAAUGGUCCAUCACAAGAAGAAUUGGAAAUCCAGAGGAGACAGUUGCAAGAGCAACAGAGGCAGAAGGAGCUGGAACGGGAGAGGCUGGAUCGUGAACGAAUGGAACGGGAGAGGCUGGAGAGAGAGAGGCUAGAAAGGGAAAGACUUGAAAGAGAGCGCCUAGAACAGGAGCAACUGGAGAGAGAACGGCAAGAAAGGGAACGGCAAGAGCGCCUAGAAAGGGAGAGACAAGAGAAGGAAAGGCAGGAUCGAGAGAGACUUGAACGACUUGAACGGGAAAGGCAAGAAAGAGAACGGCAAGAACAGUUGGAAAGGGAACAGUUGGAAUGGGAAAGAGAGAGAAGAAUUUCAAAUGCUGCUACCCCUGCCUCUGUUGAGAACUCUCUAAACUCUGUGCUGGGAGACUCCUCUGCUUCUGAGCCAGUCUUGCAGGCAGCCUCUCAGCCGAUUGAACCUACGACCCAGCAGGGUGUUGUCCAAGGACCACCUGCACCUCCUCCCCCACCACCCCUGCCCCCUGGCCCAGCUCAGUCUUCAGUAGCAGCCCCACCUCCUCCUGGCCCACCACCACCACCUCCACUUCCACCUUCGGGGCCUCCACCACCGCCGCCACCACCUCCUCCACUUCCUAGCCAAGCUCCUUCUGUUCCCCUUCCACCUCCUGCUCCCCCUCUUCCUGCCUCUGGAUUUUCAGUGGGAUUCGUGUCUGAAGAAAAUCGCCCUUUAACUGGACUAGCAGCUGCACUCGCUGGAGCCAAACUUAGGAAAGUCUCACGGGGUGAAGACUCCUCCAGUUCAAGUGGAGGAGGAGGAGGCUCUGCUUCAUCUAAAACAGAUAGUGGCCGUGGAAAUGGACCACUUCCCUUGGGAGGCAGUGGAUUGAUGGAAGAAAUGAGUGCCCUGCUGGCCAGGAGGAGAAGAAUUGCUGAAAAGGGAUCAACAGAACCAGAGCAGAAAGAAGAUAAAACUGAAGAAUCAGAGUCUUCAACUUCUAAGGUUUCUUCAACAAGCACACCUGAACUAACAAGAAAGCCUUGGGAAAGGACAAAUACAGUGAAUGGAAGCAAGUCGCCUGUUAUCUCCAGACGGGAAUCUCCGUGGAAAAAUCUGCUUGCUUCUGAAAACAGGUUCUAUGAUUCAUUAAACAGACCAAAAUCUACACCAGCGGGGCAACCCAGUGCCAAUGGAGUACAGACAGAAGGUCUAGAUUAUGACAGAUUGAAGCAGGACAUUCUAGAUGAAAUGAGGAAGGAGUUAACGAAAUUAAAGGAAGAACUCAUUGAUGCUAUCAGGCAGGAACUCAGCAAGUCGAAUACUGCAUAGAAAGACUAGUACUAAGCCGAUGUGACUCUUUAACUUGGUAUAAAACUGACUACGUUUUGUGAACUGUUAGAAGAAAACGGAGACAGACAGACACUUGGAAGGAGGGAGAAAACAACCUAUUCUGAAAGCUUCAGACACAUCACUCGGGUGAUAUGCUAUUCCCCUCCUAGUUUGCAGCUUUUUUCUGACCUUUACAGCAGGGUGGAAAAGACUCUUAACGUUACUGUAAUGAUUAUGCAGAAAUUCCUACACCUAUCAGACAAGAUCACAGUGCUUUGAAGUCUACUCAUGUCAAGAUAAAGUUGCACAUGUUUCAGAAUUUGUUGUUAAGACAAAAACAAAAACAGGGAAAAGCAUGGGAAGGCUUUUCAGAGAGGUUUUCUUUGUUAAUGAAGGAGUUAGCAAGUUAUACUGUUGUGUUUCAAAUGUAUCUCAGGUUUGUCUUCCUAUCAUAUCUGAUACUUCCAUGCAUAAUUUACAAGAUCAGAUGUGUAGAAGUUCAGUUCACGAAACAUGGAACAAUUAGAAAUGCGUGCUUUUAAAGGGCAAUACUUGUAAGUGAAUGACCUAGACAGUGAUGACGUAUCAAGAUUUGGGAAUUUUAUGAUAGGAAGCCUCUCUAGUUAGCCUUCAUGCAGUUUUAUAGGAAAAUGAAAAAAAGCAAAUACAGUCCAGAGUUUAAAGAUGUAGAUGCCUUCCUACAUUGUUACGAUGCUUUACCAAAUCUAAGACUUCGACAUAAUGCGAAUCAGCAGUCAAAUGUAAAUCAUUAGUAUGUUGUAGAUUUACGGUAGAUUUUGGGGCUUUUUUUAGAUUUAUGCAUGUGGACAUUUUUGUAAUGUAACACAACACAGCCAGCUUUUUAAUUAAAAGAAAAAUUGCAUGUCACAGAGUAGCCUUUUCAUUUGUAAGGCUUAAUUUAUGCCCAGAAAGAUGUGGGAUGAGGGAGGGGGAAGGUGACACAUUUUUAUUACUUUCUACACUUUUUCUUCAUCUUACAUGCAUGUGUAAUAAUGAGGGAAAACACUACUUUUAUCAGUAACCAUGUUAAUGGAACCAGGUACUUAAUCCUUUUGUAUCUUUUUCAGUUUUCUAUUUGAAAUUCAGUAAUACUUCCAUAAUGGUUCUUAAACUCCCAUGUGAACCGAACUCAUUUCUCGGUGAGAGAACAAAUGUGUAAGCAUCUGACUUUACUGAGGAUGCCCCUGUGUAAGUGCGUUGUCCUUUACCUUUUUACCAUGACCCUCUGCUUCACUCUUUUCUGAGAAUCCUCGUUUGGGUGUUUAAUGGAACAGGGCAGCAGUUAGUUACCUUAGAAUGACAGAGCAUCACGUCACAGCAAAUGUCCCCUUCUCCUCCUCAUUUAUCUGCCACCCUCCUUCCAAAAAAUCCAAAACCAACAAAAGACCCCACAGCUCCACACAACCCAGCCUCUGAAACAAAUAGCAACUGUAUGCUGUUGGUUUCAGUCAGCAAUUUGAGAAUCGCUAUUAGGGGAGAUGGUAUCUUCUGGUUUCACAGGGUUUUCAGACUUUAUGCUGGUAAACUUUAAUUUUUUAAUUUCUUUAAUGUGAUACAAUUCAGUGGAAUAGAAAUUCCAUGAAUUGGAUCUGUAGUGCUUCAGACAAAGAACAUGGAUCAAAAUCUUCCCUUUUUCCUUUGCACUGUCAGUUUUCCUGAGCCGUUAACAGUGCCACGUUUGCUUUGGGGUCUGUGCUGGUCCAAAAGAGAAGUUUAUUUACAACUUUUGGAGAAUAAUGUUUCAGCUUAAAAGUUAUAUGCAGCUCCAUUCAUAAGACCAAUGCUUUCAGUGACAUACUGUCUUAAGUGCUGAACACCAAAGCAAAACAGCACUUAGAGCUUUGGAAAGGCUUUGAUGAGAAAUUUUUCUACAAUUCAAACAUUUCCUGUUUCUGAAGGUUCAAAUUCUAAGAGAAGACUCCAGUGGAAAUAGACAAAAACAUUUUCCUGCAUGCAUUUAUUGAAGGCAUUAGAAACCAACUCUGUAGUAAGCUUGUCAAGUACUGUUUUUCUCAAAACAAGAGGAGGCAUUUUCAUCUUUGUUGAUGUAAGUUUUUGUUUUAUGCGGACUUUUUGUGCAUUGAGGAUGUUUACCGUUGUCAGAAAUCAUGUUUGAUUUGUUUCUAGGAGAGUUCAGGAGUAGCAUAGUGGAAUAGUGUGAAUGGGUAUAAAGUGGUCCAAAACUAAAGGCUGAACUACUAGAUUGUGCAAGGAACUGGCUUAUGCACUAAACGUUUUGUGCCUUGGUCUACAAUUAACAUGAUUUCUGUUUAAAAGAAAAAGGAACAGAUAAUGUCUUUCGUGCUGCUUCUACAUACACACUUUCUGUAAUCCCAAACGCCGAAUUGGUUCUUUCCAGGAAAUUGGAUUGAAUUAAAGAUUACUGUAGACAUUUCCUGUCCUACUGACAGUUGCACCGUUUCCAGAGAUUUCAGUAUUGAAAAUGAACUGCAGAAGCUGAGGUUAUUUUGCUUGCUGCUGAGUUCUUUAAAAACCAUAUUGUGGUGGUUCUGUGCUUUUGUACACUGGAUGUCUUAAGCUGAGGGCAGUUUAAGGGAUCCUUUCUAAUGCCAGGAAGGCGUUGCUUUCCUCAACACUGUGAUCUGACCUGUGAUAAACCUGCACUAUAGACAAGUGGCUACCAAGUCAACUGCAAACCAACUGAAUGUAAAACUCUUAGUGCUGGUGCUGAAAUCUCUUCCGAUAGUCAUAAUGAUUUCCAGUUCAUUGUUUUCGAAAGUUAACGAGCACCAAGUGUCAAUCAAAGACUGAAGAUGAUCACUAAUGAAUGUUGACUUUUCAUACACUUAGGUUUACCUUCUUUUUAGUUUCUCAGUUCAUUCUCUGCUAUUUUUAUCAUAUUGUGUCAUUUUAAAUUUCUUACAUGCUAACGUUUUGUUUGAGCGAAUGAAAUAAAAUUGCAAUAUAUACAUGUUGCCACCAUUUA